AUCAUCGUCUCCGGAAGCCUGGUCUACCUGGACGAGUCCGGGAUCAAGAUGACUCGCACUAUCCAGCCGCGUAGCGCCAGCAUCCGGCACUACGACGAACACUCGGGCAACUCGUACAUCAUCAGUGAUCUUCUGCCCAACACGGUCUACAAUAUCAAAGUGAGCGCCCACUACAGCCGAGGAAAAGCGAUAGAAACGCAAUGGGUUGUCACCAAUUGCCAGACACGAAUGCUGCUUUUGAGUCUUGGCCCCGAGACUGACUGUCAUGGUGGGACACAUACAGAAUUCAGUACGGAUGCUCCAAGUCGCAAGACCGUGCACUGA